AUGGCGUCGCUCAAUGGGUCGCCUCAGAAGAAGCGGCUAAGAGAGAACGGCCUUGCUUCGCCCAGAUCUCCCUCCACUUCUACCAACUCCUCGCCCACCAAGAAGAAGAAGAAGAGCAAGUACGCUAAUGCUCCCUCCGCCUUUGCGCGCAACGGAUCGAGUCCUUCCUCCAAGCAGCCCAAUGGCACCAAUGAGCCCAGCUCAAGCUCGGCAUCCUACUCAGCGUCACCCUCACCCUCACGCAAAGAACGGCCUUCGGACCCCGCAGAUGCUUCUUCUGUCUCAGCCAAUGCCACAGCGUCAGCAUGGAUCAGAGACGCACUCAAGAACGUAAACCCUCGCAUCAUGGAAUCUCGCACUGCACUACCCAUCGUAUCCGGCAAAGAAGCCAUUGUCGACGCUGUUCGCAAGCACGACACUGUCGUCAUCCUCGGCGAGACUGGUUCCGGUAAAACAACCCAAAUCCCUCAGUUCCUUUUCGAAGCAGGCUUCGCACGUCGAGCACCCGUCCAGAUGAUCGGUAUCACACAACCUCGUCGAGUCGCAGCAACAUCGCUAGCACGUCGUGUCGCAGUUGAGAUGGGCCAGCCUGACCCUGCUUUGCUCCCCAACCUCAAAGGCAAAGCCAGGAAUGCAGCUGGUGGCUUAGUGGGAUACAGCAUUCGUUUCGAGGAUCGCACUACACGCAACACACGAGUCAAGUUCAUGACGGACGGUAUGGUGCUGAGAGAGAUGAUUGGUGAUGUGGCUGCCGUCGAGCCGAGUAAGGCAGCGGACGCGGUAGCAUCAACUUCUUCCGCAGCUGCUUUGCGGUCAAACCUGCUGCUUAAGUACUCGGUUCUGAUCAUUGACGAAGCUCACGAGCGCACACUUCGAACAGAUCAAGUGCUGGGCUUGGCGAAACGCAUUCAGCGCGAACGCAAAGUGCUUCGUCAAUCCUGGCUCGCUCGCAACAAACCGACCAACGAGCCAGAAGUGACCGAACUCAAGAUCAUUGUCAUGUCUGCAACCCUUGACGCCGAUCGCUUUGCAAAUUUCUUCGCUACCCCUUCCACCGCUCUUGCAGCCAAAAGUACUGCUGCUGAACCCACCAUCGCUGCUGCCUCAAACAGCAAACAAGAUGUUCCGAUCCUCUACGUUAAAGGCCGGCAACAUGAAGUCUCAAUGUAUCACACCGAAGAACCAGCACAAGUAUGGACCGACGCCGCACUCCGAACUGUCCUCCAAAUCCACGUCUCCCGCCCGCCAGGAGACAUCCUCGUCUUCAUGACGGGUCAAGAAGAGAUCGACACCCUCGCCCGCUCUCUCGAGCUCUACUCCUCCGAACUCCCCGCAUGGGCCGAAGCAGAAUCCAGACCACUCCCCAUGUCCCUCAUGAUCGCCCCCCUCUACGCAGCUCUGGGUCCCAGCGCAAGUGCAAAAGUGUUCAGCCCAUCCCCGCCUCGCACACGCAAAGUCGUUCUUGCAACCAACAUUGCCGAAACAUCCAUCACUAUCCCUGGCAUCGUCUUCGUCGUAGACUGCGGUUUGGCGAAGGAAAAAGUCUACACACCUGGUACUGCCGUCGAAACCCUCCAGGUGCAAGAGAUCAGUCAGUCAGCUGCGAGACAGAGAGCUGGUCGUGCAGGUCGUGAAAGCGCAGGUGAAUGUUAUCGUCUCUACACGCAGGAGACAUUUAAGGGGCUUCCGUUGGCAGGGGUUCCAGAGAUCGUCAGGACAGACUUGGCGGCCGCGGUGCUGCAGUUGUGUGCGAUGGGGCAGGAUCCGUAUACGUUUGAUUGGUUGGAUCAACCUGAUAGGAACGGAUUGCAGGAAUCGGUGUUGCAGUUGAUUCAACUUGGUGCACUCGACAUCAAAACUACCGCUCCUGUCAAUGGAAGUGGUGGGGCUGAGGAAGGGAAGAAAAAGACCCCGACCGCAAAACUCGUGUUGACGGCGAUUGGGAGUAAGAUGGCGAUGCUACCCGUUUCUCCCGCCUACUCCCGCUCGCUUAUUGCUGCUGGGGAGAGAGGGCCAACGGUGGCUAGACAAGUGAGAGAUUUGAUUGCAAUUCUUUCAAGCGACAGGUCGAUUCUUGUUGACCCAUCAGAUCCCGAGAAGAGAGAUGAGGCGAACAAGGCUAAGGCUACUUUCAUGCAUCCUUCUGGCGAUCAUGCUACGCUUCUCACCGUUCUCUAUUCCUAUCUCGCUGAGGCGGAUGAAAUUCGAAAGACGGCCAAAGCGAGGAAAGACAGCAAACUCGACACAAAGGCCAUCGAAAAAGAAGGCCGAGAACAACUCAAAGCAUGGUGUUCGAACCACUACGUACACGAAAAGGCAGUCAAGAACGUGCUUCAUAUUCGCAAGCAACUUCGCACAAUCUGUCGUCAACAGAAGAUCGUUUGUGAUGACGAUCUCCCCACCAACUCCUCUUCUACUAACGGCACCGCUCACAAUGACUCCGAUCCCGACUCUGAAUCCGACUCUUCCACCUCCUCGACCACCGGUGGCGUUGACCAAGAUGGGUUGUUCGUCACCCGAAAAACCACCUCUUCCUCCAGCUCGCUCUAUCCCGACGCAGACUCAGAAGAAGAUACCCAUUUCACCGGACUGCGACAAUCCCUUCUCGAAGGCCGAAUUUCCAACGCAGCGCUCAAAAACCCUUCCACCCCUAACACAUAUAAACGCAUCACCUCCUCCUCCCUCAGCAGCACAGGAAACACGUUUAAGAUUCAUCCUUCGUCAACACUGCACCCGUCCAAAUUGGCGAGAGAGGGUGGGGUGAAGAAGAUGGAUGCGAUCUUGUUUGAAGAAUUGGUGUUAACUACUCAGACUUUCGCUAGGACUGUGAGUGUUAUUGAGCCGGAAUGGUUGCAGGAGUUUGCUCAGCGGAGGUGA